AUGCCCAAACAAGCUUUUUCUCAACAUUGGAAGGAGUUUGUAUGUGGUGGUGGCUCAGCAUUCUGCAAUAUUCUCAUCAGCUAUCCUCUUAAUAAAUUAAUUUUUAGACAGAUGAUGCAUGGUGUAGAAGCAACUUUUGCCUUAAACCAGUUGCAAAAAGAAGGGCUUGGAUAUCUGUAUCGGGGUAUGCUACCUCCAUUAUUGCAGAGGUCAAUAUCUAUGUCACUUAUGUUUGGUGUGUAUGAUGAAUGUUUGGAACCACUUUUAGAUAGAAAAAUUAAUCCAUAUGUUUCUAAAACUAUUGCUGGUGUUGUGGCUGGAUGUUUUGAAGCAACACUGAUGCCAUUUGAAAGAUUACAAACUUUGCUGAUCCACCCCAAGUAUCAUAAUAACUUUAAGAACUCAGCGCAUGCGUUUAGCCAGAUAUCUAAGUUUUAUGGUAUCAAAGAGUUUUAUAGAGGAUAUAUACCAAUACUGUUACGAAAUGGUCCAUCAAAUGCUCUGUUUUUUAUAAUAAGAGAUGAAAUAAAGGUCAGAUUGCCUAAACAAGAGAGCAUGAUUUAUGAGGGCCUACAAAAUUUUCUAGCUGGUGCAUCAAUUGGAGCUUUUCUUAGCACCUUGUUUUAUCCAUUAAAUGUGAUAAAAAUUGGAAUGCAGUGUGAGUUGGGAGGGCCCCAUAGAACAAUCUUGUAUGAAUUUAAUUAUAUUUUACGGAAGCGAGGGUCUAAGUUUGGAAAUUUCUACCAUGAUUCACAAAGGCCACAAUUUCGCGACGACUACAGAUACGAGAAAGUAUUUAAAGUAUUCUACAAACUCCAUACUGAAGCCGUGAAUUGGUACCAGGCUCGCAUACGUUGUGAGGCGGAGGGUUCUCAGCUAAUCGUACCACAUUCCUUGGACGAAGCGGACAGUAUACCGCUCCUAAUAGCUCCGAUAUUGACAAAAUAUGAAGGAGUGUAUGUUGGAAUACAUGAUUUGUACUCGGAACGAUCUUUCGUUACAAUAAAAGGUAGUGGUCUUCACGACACUAUUCUCGAUCUGCUAUGGGAACUGAAACAGCCAGUCCACAGUGGAGGCAGAUGUGUGGCGAUGCGACGCAAUGGUCGCCUCUUUGUGCAUCCUUGUUUGGAACACCUUCCAUUCGCAUGCAAAAUUAAAGCUUCGGAUGUGACGUAUUAUUCGGAAUGUGAUACGUUUGAUUCACGCUGGGUACUAGGCCCCAACAACACGUGUUAUAUAACCCAUUUGGAGCCCCAAACAUGGUACGAGGCAUAUUCCACCUGCCUUAGCGCAGGUGGUCACCUCGCAAUUCUUGACACAAAAGAAGAGGCGGAUUACAUAAGAGACACAUUCAAGCAAUAUGACCAGCACAAAACGCCAGGGGACUUCGCGUUUCUCGGCUUCAGUGAUAUAUUUCAACGGUAUCACUAUAGGACUGUUCUUGGUGAUCCAUUGAAGGAGAGAGCCGUUGACUGGGAUUUCAAGUGUCCAGGGAACUUCACCAAGUUGGAGGAAAGAUGCGGCGGUUAUCGUAGAAGUGGGCUUCUAUCAACCAACAGUUGCAUGAAGCCAUCUAUGUUCUUUUGCGAGAAACCGGCAAAUGGGACGUUUAGAAUAAAGAAUCCCGCGCGAAGUCCGCUCAGAAGUGGGUUUAAGAAAUUACGGAAAGUUUAG